ACAGGUCUUAGAAUUUCCACACAGGAUCGACCAGAAAGGAAGGCUGCACAGAUAUGGCAGGUGACACGGAGUACAACCGGCACCGUGGGGUGAUCAUCGCCACCAUGUAUGUGGGCUACUGUUUCUACCACCUGACACGGAAGUCCUUCGGCUUCAUCAUGCCUGUCGUCAUGGAGGAGGGGCUGGACCAGAGUGACCUUGGGUUGGUCAUCAGUAGUCAGACCAUGGCUUAUGCCUUCAGCAAGUUCCUGAGUGGCCUGGCGUCCGACCACCUGAGCGCUCGCUCCAUGUUUGCCGUUGGUUUGUUCCUCUGUGGGGUGUGCAAUGUCGUCUUCAUUCUCUUUGACUCCGUGCUGCUCUACUCCCUGCUGUGGUUCAUUAAUGGACUGGUCCAGGGCUUCGGCUGGCCGGCAUGUGCAAAGGUCUUACGACAGUGGUUCAAGCCGUCCCAGUUCGGUACAUGGUGGAGCAUCCUGGCGACGAGUAUGAACCUGGCGGGGUUUGUUGGGCCGCUGGUAACCAUGGAGAUAGCCACCAGGUAUGGCUGGAGGGCAGGCCUUCUUAUCCCAGGUGUUUUGUCCCUUGCGCUAGCUGUACUUUCCUAUGGCCUAGUCGUGGACGAGCCGUCACAUGUUGGACUGGAAAACAUUGUGGCAACCACUCAGAAGAAAACCACAGAAUCUAAAGGUGAGGCCCCCAGCAUGCUGUCCCUGUUGGACAGCGCGUACCUGUGGCUCAUCUCUGUCACAUAUUUCGUCGUCUUUGCUGUCAAGACCAGCUGUCUGAACUGGGGUCAGCUGUUCCUCAUCCAGGACAAAGGUCAUGAACCCUAUGUAGGUAGUCUGUUCACAAGUUCCCUUGAACUUGGAGGCAUCUUUGGCAGUGUUAUAGCUGGUAUGGUCACCGACAGGAUGGUCAAAGCAACCCCCCUGACUGGCUAUGGCAGUCCCCGUCACCCCUACGUCAUCAGUAUGCUGGCCACCAUGGGGCUGGCUCUCUACGGCUUCAGCGAUCGUGUGGAGGCAGACACACUGGAGACGACAAUCAUGACAAUUGCUUUUCUGAUCGGCUUUACCUCAUACGGUGCCAUUAACCUGUUCGGAGUCCUCGCUAUCGAGAACUCUCCCUCCAGCCUCUCAGGAACCAGCAGUGCCAUCGUGGCCUUGGCUGCUAACUUUGGAGGCCUGAUUGCUGGCUAUCCCUUCGGUCUGAUCGCCGAGAACUACAACUGGGAAACUGUCUUCAUCAUCCUGGAGAUCAGCGUGGCCGUUUCUCUGGUCCUGUUUAUCAUAGCCAGAAAUAUCAACACUAGAAUUGGUCCUACUUCCGCACAGAAAAGUGUUUGAUGUGUUAGGGUUAGGUUACCUGGGUUCCUGUAUGAUACAUACAGGUAGAUGUGACCACAGUGACUAGGAAGUCUUGGUAUGAUGCAUGUCUUUUACAAAUAGGCAUGGGCUUAAGCUGCAAAUUCUUGAUGUAAUAUUGUGCAGUUGUCCUUUACUGGCUGUAAAUAUUGAAUCUGGACUCCAGGAGGAAGUGUUUAAAACUGAAACUGCUAAAUCAAGGUGGAAACAGUUAAUUGUUCCAAAAUGAAGUUAAUAACCAUGAGAGCAAAGCAAUUCUAGUUAAUCAUGAGCCAUAUAGCUAGAGGACUGUAACAAUUGACAUGACACUCGCAGUCUUGUGCCAAAAGGUUUUAGUACCAGUAGCUAGGCCAGCGUAGACAUGAGUACAAAUUAGCACAUAUUUGAACUUGAGUGAAAAUGGAUUUUUAACCAUUUUAAACUACCUCAAGGUAUAAGCAAUCAUUAUGGUGGUGUUUUCCUGCAGCAAGUGAAGAAAAUAUCUAUUGUGAAGUACAUGUACAUGUAAAGUAUCAGAUUCUAUUUCUGGUGUGAGCAGUGUCUGCAUGUUUUAUCUUUGGAACAUUAUAUUAAACCUUCUCUGUGCUGCCUAAUCCCAAAACUACUGAACAUCUAGUGCCAAACACCUACCACAGCAGUAAACAUUGGAUGUUUAUGGAUACCACUGGUGCAUUGAGAGCCAAUUGGGUUUGCAGCAUUCAGUAAGUGUGCAUGCCUCCAGACUGUAUGACGUGAUAUUGUGCAAUUCUAUCCUAUCUGAAAUGUUAAGAAAGUGAAUUUAAUAUAAUUUCACCAUUCUUUCUGUCCUUCUAUAGGAAAUUUGUGAUAAAAAUGACAAUAAAUGAAAUGAUGAAGUGUGAUCUAUUGAAUCUUUGAAGUAUUGUUCUAAAUCAAAAGUUCUAAAACAGGACAUACCACAAUUUUUAAAACCCUACCUGACCAAUCUAACCU